CCCCGAGAACGGGUGAGGGGGGAAAAGGGAAAAAAAGAGAGAGAGAUUCGAGGUCUUCGCUCUCCUCCCCCUCCUCCUCCUCCUCCGGUUCUGGGUUCAGGGUUCCAUUUUAGCUGUGCAGAAUUCUUGUAAUGCAGAGAAUAGCAAAAAUGGCUCAAGCAGCUAUGGCAGCAGCAUCUAGCCAUGAAGAGGAUUCAUCUGAAAGCAGAAUGGUUGUUACAUUUCUCAUGUCAGCCCUUGAGUCAAUGUGCAAGGAGCUUGCCAAGUCUAAGGCGGAAGUUGCCUGCAUUGCUGUGUAUGAAACAGAUGUGUUUGUGGUGGGGACUGAGAGAGGAAGAGCCUUCGUUAAUACAAGAAAAGAUUUUCAAAAGGAUUUUGUAAAGUACUGUGUUAAUGAAGAGGCAAAGGCUGCAGAACUACAGAAAAUAAAGUCAACAUCCCUAGAUAAUAGGAUGACUGUGGAUAUUGUGGAAAUGGAAGCCCUCAGGAAAUCCGUUGAGGAUUAUUUCUGCAUCUGUUAUGGCAAAGCGUUAGGAAAGUCAACUGUAGUUCCUGUGCCGUACGAUAAGAUUCAGAGGGACCCAUCUGCUGUGAUGGUGCAUGGUCUCCCAGAAGGACUUGCAUUUAAGCAUCCCACCAACUACGAUGUUACAACACUGAAGUGGAUUCUGGAAAACAAAUCUGGGAUCUCAUUUGUCAUCAAAAGGCCCUUCCUCGAGCCAAAGAAACAUCUAGGACCUCGCAUGACAGAUUCCUCACACACAGUAACAUCCCCAGGUGGAAGCUGCCCUGCCAUCCAGGUGAAGACUGAGCCCAGUGAAGAUUCUGGGCUUGAGAUGGUAACAGUUAAAGAAGAAUCUGAGGAUCCCGACUAUUAUCAGUUUAACAUUCCAGCAGGUCCUUCAGAAACUUCGGCGAUUGAUGAGAAAAUCGCCAUGGCAAAGUCUUACACAGGAAGCAACCAGGGUUCCGAUUGCAGUGAAGGAACAGAUGUGGAAUUGCCAGUAGAAGAUUCUUCUCAACAUGCCACUUCUGAAACAAGUGAGGAUCCUGAAGUGGAAGUGACCAUUGAAGAUGAUGACGACUACUUGCCACCUCAUAAGAAGACAAAGAGCACAGAACCAGUCAACGAUGCUGCCAAUUGUGGAAGAAGAAAAGCUAGAGAAUUCAAUUUUGAGAAAUGGAAUGCCCGCAUUACAGACUUGAGAAAGCAAGUUGAAGAGUUAUUUGAAAGAAAAUAUGCUGAAGCUAUUAACGCAAAAGGCCCCGUGACUAUCCCGUAUCCACUCUUCCAGUCCCAUGUUGAAGAUUUGUAUGUAGUAGGACUGCCAGAAGGAAUUCCCUUCCGGAGACCCUCCACCUAUGGGAUCCCUCGCCUCGAAAGGAUUUUGCUGGCAAAGGAACGGAUACGAUUUGUGAUUAAGAAGCAUGAGCUGCUAAAUUCAACGCGAGAAGAUCUACCGUUAGACAAACCUGUUGCAGGAGUGAAAGAAGAAUGGUAUGCCCGAAUCACCAAACUAAGGAAGCUUGUCGACCAGUUAUUUUGCAGGAAAUUUGCUGAGGCACUGGGGAGCACUGAACCAAAGGCUGUCCCUUAUCAGAAAUUUGAGGCGCAUCCCACUGAUCUUUUUGUGGAAGGUCUGCCAGAGAACAUUCCAUUUCGGAGUCCGUCCUGGUAUGGAAUUCCUCGGUUGGAGAAAAUUCUUCAAGUGGGCAACAGAAUAAAAUUUGUAAUAAAAAAGCCAGAACUGCUAACAAUCACUCCUGCAGAGGUUACUCAACCAAGGACAAACAUGCCUGUCAAAGAAGAUUGGAAUGUCAGAAUCACAAAACUGAGGAAGCAAGUAGAAGAGAUAUUUAAUCUAAAAUUUGGACAAGCUCUGGGUCUGAGUGAAGCAGUGAAAGUUCCUUAUCCUGUCUUUGAGUCAAACCCUGAGCAUUUGUAUGUAGAAGGUUUACCUGAAGGUAUCCCCUUUCGAAGUCCAACAUGGUUUGGAAUCCCACGCCUGGAAAGGAUUGUCCGAGGGAGUGGAAAAAUCAAAUUCAUUGUGAAAAAGCCAGAACUUGUCACCUCUUAUUUGCCUCCUGGAUUGGCUAGUAAAGUGAAUACUUCGGAACCCCAAAGUCCGAACAGCUCAAACUCUGCACAAAGUCCUGUAAGCAACUCCAAGAUUCCAGAGAUUGAAGUUACUGUAGACGAAGGUCUUGCUAACAAGACACAAACCCCAGAAGUUAAAACUAAUCCUCAAACCAAUGGAUCCAAUGUAGGCUUUAAACCAAGAGGAAGAGAGUUCUCUUUUGAGGCCUGGAAUGCCAAGAUUACUGACCUGAAGCAAAAAGUUGAAAACCUUUUCAAUGAGAAAUGUGGGGAAGCUCUUGGACUGACGGAGCCUGUGAAAGUCCCUUUUGCGCUCUUUGAGUCUUACCCUGAAGAUUUCUAUGUUGAAGGCCUUCCCGAGGGAGUGCCAUUCCGUCGCCCUUCCACGUUUGGCAUUCCAAGAUUGGAAAAGAUCCUCCGAAACAAAGCUAAGAUAAAAUUUAUCAUUAAAAAGCCUGAGAUGUUCGAGGCGGCAAUUAAAGAAAGCGCUGCGGCUGUUCCAAGUCCUCAGAGAAGAACAAGUCUAUCAAACACCGUGAUAAACACUGUAAGUGUGCCUGAUCCGGUGGUGAACACAGCUGCUGGAGUGGAAGAUCUUAACAUCAUCCAAGUGACUAUACCAGACGAUGAUGAGAGAACAUCCAAAGUAGAGAAGGCCCGACAGCUGAGAGAACAAGUGAAUGACCUGUUCAGUCGGAAGUUUGGGGAAGCCAUUGGCCUGGGGUACCCUGUGAAAGUGCCCUAUCGAAAAAUCACAGUCAACCCUGGCUGCGUGGUGGUGGAUGGGAUGCCUCCUGGGGUGUCUUUCAAAGCUCCCAGCUAUCUUGAAAUCAGUUCCAUGAGGAAGAUACUGGAUUCAGCAGAGUUUAUUAAAUUUACUGUCAUCAGUGGGUCUCCUGAAAGUAGACCUGUAUUUACUAGAUACAGCGCUAGGAGCAGAAUUUUGAAGAGAGAGUCCACCACUGACCUAGCAAAGAUAUGAGGGUAGAGAAAAUAUAAUAAAAAUGGAAACUGGAAAGUAUACAAAGACAACUGGAGAGUAAGUAACAAAAAUGGAGUCAGUUGAAAAUUUUCAACUUAGUAUAUAAAUGCAAAGCUCAGGGUCACGUAAGUAACUUACUCAUGUUGAAUAUAUAUAUUUUUUUCUUGGACCUUGCUGGGAGGCUUAAGAAUUGCAGUACAAGAUCUGUGGCUUUAUGCAUACAUGAAAGUGGAAGAAAAUUAAACGCAAUGAGAAGAUCAGAGUGCAUCUGUGGUUAUACAGUUUGGCACCUCAGAUUGUUAUGUCAAAUCUGUAGAACGUUAGGAUUAUAUGUAAAUGAUCCCUUAUUGAAGUGUUGCAU